AUGGCGCCAACAACGAUAGCCAUCAACCAGGAGGUGGCACCGGAGGUGUCACCCAUGCGGGAACCUGAGUUUGGUGAACAGAACAGAGAGCUAUAUGAAAAGUAUUGCAACCAAGAGAAAAGCAUUCAGACCCUGAGAUCCAAAUACAUGGAAGCCAAGGGGCGGUUGGAUCGAAUGCGCACAGAAGGGUCUGCCCAAAAGAAGAUGAUUCUUGACAUUAGCGAUAUUGUUGAAGCAUUGCGAAGCAUUUCUGUCGACAGUGUUGGAGCGGGUAACGAUGGAAACGCUGAAAACGUGGAAAACGGAGACUUGGAUCAAAUCGCAAAGAAGAUCCAAGCGAUUGACAAGCAGUUGAAGACUUCCAUGCUUCACACUGUUCAGUUGGACGAGCUCAAAAAGAUUGCCAACUCUACCAUUUCUGACCAGGAAGCACAGAUCAAGGCUUUGGAGGACCAAGUGGAUCUCAUGGAAGCUCGACUGCGACAUUCUCAGACUCACAAGGAGAUUAUGCUUCCUGACACUUCCUACGAAGCUCAACUUUCAUCGAUGCAGAGUACUAUCACCAACCUUAAAUCGAAGAUUAAGGGAUACGAACUUGAAAGAGACCAUAAUGGAAUUUCUGGAAACAAACCACAGAUCAUUGAUCUCACUGGUGCAGAAGAAAACAGCGAUCCACCAGGUUCGGCCACUGCUUCCUGCACCACGGAAGAGGGAGCUUCUCACCCCUCCGAUCCCACCACAUUGGCAGAUGACUACCGUGCGGCCAAGGACCGUGUAGAAGAAUUGGAAUCCACCAACAAGAAAAUGAAUGAAGAUCUCCAAGAAUCCAUCACCAAAAUGUCAGAGGUGACGGAAUCAGCUACUGCCCUGCAAAUCGACCUCCUUGCCAUGGAAGAGAAUCUCAUCGAGGUGAAGGACGAAAACGAGCGCCUUCUGAGAGAGAAGCAAAAUUUCGAGCUGAAGAUGGAAAAGCUUGAAGCAGAAGUUGAGCAAGCUAAUGCUGUGAAGAAAGACUUCGAAGAGCUUGAACGAACAGUAAUUGCAAAGGUUGAGGAACUCGAGCAUGAUAACUCUCUCUUGAAAGAAGGCCAAGAAAACUCUAUCACCAAGAUUGCGGAUCUUGCUGCUGCUUUGGAAGAAACGGAGAAUGCCAAAGCCAAGCUUCAGGAGGAGAACAACAAACUCCAGCUUGAGAACUCUGAAAAUGCCAAGCUGUUGGAACAACUUUCCAAUGAAAGAUCCGAGGGCGAACAGUCGAAGCAAGAUUAUGAAGAGCUCGAGCGUACAGUCAUUGCUCGCGUGGAAGAACUGGAGAAAGAAAACAAGGCUUUGAAGGAAGAGAACGAAAAUCUUCAAUCGACUCCUUGUUCAAUUGAGACCGCUGCGGUAGAAGAAGACGACGAAGAGAAAGAACGCCUUGUGUCGACUUCUCGUUCACUUGAAACCCCCAAGGUGGAAGAAGAAGAGAAAUCUGCUUCUCGUUUCAUUGAUAUCCCCGAGGUAGAAGAAGCCAAAGAGAAAGAAAAUAUUCCAUCGACUUCUCGUUCAAUUGAGACCCCCAAGGUAGAGAACGAUAGUGACGAGGCCAAGCAACAAGAGGCCCAGCAGGACGAUAUUCAAGAGAAGCUCGCUCAUAUCGAGAAGUUGGAGCAACAGAAUACAGACUACAUGGACGAUGUCAGAGUUCUUGCUGAGGAGAAUUCCGGUCUGAAGGUAGAAGCCAGAGAGCUGGAAGAGAAGAAUGGUCUAUUGAACAACCUCGUCAAGGAGCUGCAAGAUGAAAUUAUUGAAGUGAAGGACAAUGCUCGUAACCUUGAGCAUGAAAUAUCUGAAGUUCGCGAAGUCGCUAAGGAUCUCGAAAGGAAGUACUCUGAAGCAAAGACGACUGCAGAGGAAACACAACUGGACCUUGACAAGGCUAAGGAAACAGCCGCUUCGCAAGAAGAGCUAAAGGACGAAAUCAAGAAGAGCAAGGAGACUAUUGAGGCCCUCAAGAACAAGUCUGCGGAGACAAUGUCUAGUUUCCAAGACCUCGAAGAAGAGAACAAACGACUUUCUGCUGCGAUGAACGAUCUCGCGGAAGAGAAUGAUCGCUUGGCCUAUGCUCAAGAGGAACAAAAUCGAGCCUCUGUUGUCGUGAAUCGCCCUUGGGAGAAGAAAGAGCCUACCAAGACCCAGAAACUGGCUAUGGAAGCUGAAAACGAGAAGUUGAGAGACGAAAACAAUGAGAAUCUUGUCCGAAUUGCAACCUUGACAAACUCAUUGGACGAUAAGGAAUCGCAGAUCAUUGAGUUGCAAGAAACACUUGAUCUAAUGAACUCCUUGGAAGAAGAAAACAAGAAGUUGCAGGACCAACAAGACGACAAGUCAAGGUCGGACGACAGUACCAGACUUCGAGACCUCGAAGCUGAGAAUAAGAGAAUGAAGGAAACCAUGCUCCCUGAAGAAGAAGCGCAAAAGCUCCGCAAGGACUAUCAAGACAUGCAAAACAAGCUCAAGGCUGUCAGCAAGAACCUUGUGUAUCUCCAAGCACAACAUGCUAAACUCUUGGACGACGGUACCUCCUCCCAUGGUGCAUCUUCGGCUGUUUCCACAAAUGGCUCGCAGCACAGUGCAAAAGAUAUGCGUGCCUUUGACAAGAUCAAGAGCCUUCACCAAGCGGUUGCCAUGAAACUUGCAGACUUUGGUGAAGAGAAUGCUACUUUGAGGGAACAAUUGGACGCAGCUCACGUCAAGAUAUCCAAGCAACAAGAAACCGUCACCGUCCUUCAAACCAUCAAGGAAGACUAUGCGAAGCUAAUGGACGAAUACCAUCGCACCGUGAGUCAGCUAAAUGCCAAGGAAAACAGCAUGGUUUCGCUAAUGAGACUCCAACAAGAGCACGCGGAUGCACAUGCCAAGAUCACCGUCCUUCAAUGGGAGAACGAUGACUUAUCCCGCUCCAGAGAAAUGUACAACAACGCGGAAGCUCGAAUCGCAACCCUUGAGAGACAAGUAAUGGAAGAGAAUGAGAACCUGAGCGAAGAGAAAUCGAAGAGCGCGGAAUACCUCAGUGACACAAAGGAAGUCAUUGCUGCGUACAAGGAACUCGAAGCGGAGCAUCAAGAAGUUUCAGAGAAGGUGCAGAUGCUUCAAGCACUCAUGGAGGGCGAGGAGAGCGCCGAGGGUCAAGGCACUCAAAGUAAUAGUAGCAGCAGUACUCAAACUGUGGAAAAGCAACGAAAUGCUGCCUGGAAACAAGUCCGAGCAUUGGAAGAGCAAGUUUCCUCGGAACGCAAAAAGGCAGCUACCGCCACCGAGGCUCGCAUCGCUCGUGAGGGCGAUUUGAAACUCGUUUUGGGUGAAUACGAAUCGAUUCAAUUGCAGUAUGAAAAUGUCAUCAAGCGCGUGGAAAACCUCAAGGGUAAGAACAGUGAGCUCAAGGCCAAGAACCGCGAUCUCAAGGCGAAGAAUCACCAUUUGGCCAAACGUCAACGUGACACAUUGGUCAUCCCCGAAGAAAAGCCCUUUGAGAUUAUUGUGGUCGAUGACGAUGAUGGAGAACAACACGAGGGUGCAGCAAGAACAAUGGAACAAAAGAUGAUCCAAGCCCAACAAGAGGAUGACGAUGACGAUGAUGAUAACAGUAGUAGUAGUAGUACUGCUCCUGCUCGUGGAAUUAGCAACGAAUUGGUGGCCCUCUGGAGGAACUUUGGCAUCAAGAAAACAAAGAAGCAGCAACAGCAGCAGCAACAAUCCGGCAACCGUGCCGCCGGAAGCAACAAGCUACCAAUGACAACAACAACAACAACAGCAGCAGCAGCAGAUAAUAAUGGUGGUGGUGAUGACCAACAAUCCGUAAUUUCCCGAAUAUCAACUCAUUUGGAGAUGCGCCAAGAGGCAGCGGAAAGCGAACACCUUCAAAAGUUGGAAGAGCGACACGACCAAGCCAUGGCCAAGUUGGAACGCAUGGAAUCUCAAUUGCUACUCGCGCAACGAGAAGCCGAGGAUGCUCACAAAACCCAAGUCUCCAAGGAAGUCAAGCUUCGUGACAUUUCCGCCAAGCUGUUCAAGUUGGAACGGGAACAUCAAGAUUUGCAAAGCACCGUUCAGAGUCUUCGAUCCCAAUUGUCCACCGCCAACAAGGAAUCUCGCUCCAUGGAAGUAGAAGUGAAGGGAAUGCGAAAGCGUUUGGACGAUCGCAACCUGGAAUACAAGGACCUGCAAGUAAAGCACAAUGCCUUUUGCAAAAAGUUCAGUGACGCAGAUGUCUCCAAGAUGGAAGAGAUGGUAAAGGAGAAUGAGAAUCUGAAUGCCUGUUGCAAGGAGUAUUUGACUUCAGUGGCGGAAAUCAAGGAAGACGACAAACCACCCAAGAAGAAGACUUUGGCCGAACUUCCAUAG